UCACCGAUUUCUAAAGAAUAUAAAUAGAUAAUUAUUGAUCGUUCCCGGUAAGGCGGUAACCAUCAGAAGUUCAGAAUUUGGAAAUUGGAGAUACCGCCGGAAGCGUGAUUUUCUCUCUCCACCCCUCUAAUGGCGGCGAUUUGGCGUCUCGCUCGAACAAUUCGGUCAUACCGUACGAUCGCUUCCGCCAAAACCCUAAACCCUCGCCCUUUCUUUUCACCGUCUCCUCGCCUCCCACUCUCACUACCUAUCUGUAACCGGACUUUUGAACAGCACGAAGCAUGUGGAUCGAGAGGUCCACGACCAAAAGGGGUGCCUGAACUUUCUGUUCACACGCUAUUAGGUGGAUUGCUUGGUUUUGGACUGUUAGAUGUUGCAUUUGCUGAUGGUGAUCGGGCAGAUGCUGAAACUCAACUGCCACCUGAAUCAGCUAAAAUUGCUCCACCAUCAGAAUCAGCAAAAACUAUUCCUCCACCAGAAACAGCUAAAACUGCUCCACUACCGGAAUCUGCUAAAACUGAUUCGCCGCUGGAAUCGGCCGAAACUACUCCACCAUCAUCAGAAUAUGUUGAAACUGCUCCAUCAUCAGAACCUGUUAAAGCUGCUCUACCAGCGGAAUCUCCUGUUUUGAACCAUCAUAACCUGGAGGAAAUUGCGAGGAAAGAGAAAACUCGAUUAGAAGAAUUGCUCAGGCAAUACGGAGGCCGAUAUGGUUCUUAUCCUCGUUUUACUGUUUCCAUUAAGGGACAAAAGGUGACAAUCAAGUUCCAAGUUCCUCAAUCCUGUGAAAUUCCACUUCUAAUUGCAAACCUUGUCUCGCGUCUUGGAGUCAAGCCUGACAACAAUGGUGUUGGUUCAGAUAUGACAUUGCGUGCUUGGGACAGUGGGGUUGCAUGGCAACUAGCACUCACUCGCCCAAAAACUCGAACCGAGGCCAGUGGUGAUCAAGUUCAUAAAAAUGCAAAUGAUGGAGAGUUUUGCAUCCUCAUGUUUCGCCCACUCAUUAGCUUCGACAAAGCUGAAAUUGAGUUCAUGAAGCAGGGAAGUUUUACUUUUGAGGAGCUUGAUGCUUUGGCUUCUAUCUUACAAUUAGCAGGACAGCCAAAACGCGUAGAAGUAAGACCAAGAGAAGAUGCUGCUCGGACUUCAACAAUGGACAAAACUGUUAGUAGUCUGGAGGGGAUGGGUGUCAAGGUUUAUGGGCUUAAACAACCCUAUAUAGAAAACCCGAACGUUGAUAUAUCCUGGGAUAAUAUUGCUGGCUAUGAUAAUCAAAAGAGAGAGAUAGAAGAUACAAUAUUACUGGCUUUAAGGAGUCCUGAGGUGUAUGAUGAUAUUGCUCGAGGUACUCGGUGUAAGUUCGAGACAAAUAGACCACGUGCGGUGCUUUUUGAAGGUCCACCAGGUACGGGGAAAACAUCAUGUGCUCGUGUAAUUGCUAAUGAAGCGGGGGUCCCAUUGUUGUACGUACCAUUGGAGAUCAUCUUGUCCAAAUACUAUGGUGAGAGCGAGCGUUUGUUAGGGAAGGUGUUUUCCCUUGCUAAUGAAAUCGUUGAUGGCACCAUCAUUUUCCUGGAUGAGGUUGAUUCUGUUGCUACUGCUCGGGAUAGUGAAACCCAUGAAGCUACACGAAGACUUUUAUCCGUCUUGUUACGACAGAUUGAUGGAUUUGAGCAGGAGAAGAAAGUAGUGGUUAUUGCUGCAACUAAUAGAAAACAGGACCUUGAUCCUGCUUUACUUAGUCGAUUCGAUUCCAUGAUCACUUUUGACCUCCCUGAUCAUCAAACUCGUGAAGCAAUUGUGGCUCAGUAUGCGAAGCACUUGACAAAAUCCGAAAUGGCUGAACUUGCCACAGCUACUGAAGAAAUGUCGGGCCGUGAUAUAAGGGAUGUCUGUCAGCAAGCCGAGAGGCAUUGGGCAUCAAAGAUUAUUCGAGGACAGGCAGAGAAAAACGAAGAGGGAAGCUCCCUCCCUCCUCUGCAUGAGUACACUGAAAGUGCUCUGAAAAGGCGAACUGCUAUGCUUGGUAUUGCAAAUCAGAUCCGGAAUCCAAACUCUCUCUCAAGGAAGCCCCAGUUUGAUUUUCUAUGAAGCCUCUCUCUCUCUCUCUAGAAUAAGAUCUGUACAUAUAUAUUCAUACAUUCUUCUUGGGUGUUGUACAUUCAUGCGAAGCAAUGCAAGAAAUUCAGUGAAAUUUUCUCAUUGGAAUAAGUUGGGAGAAUCGGAUCCGAUUAUUUGGAUCCGGAUCUUUUUCUGUUCUUGAAGUAAUCAUGAUUGAAUUCUUGUUGUGAUUUUCUUAUUAAUUUGAAGUGCGAUUGGAUUG